CAAUGAAAUUCAACAUACAAACUACAAACAACUACACAACUCACACUCAUUUUCAAAAACAUUUCAAUUAAGCAUGGACCUUUCCAAAAUUUUCAUUAUCUUCUCUCUCAUGGUUUCUUUCACGUCCGCCACCAGUGUUAUCGACUUUUGUGUGGCGGACUUCAACUUUCCUGUUACACCAGCAGGAUAUCCUUGCAGGAAUCCUGCUAACCUAACAGUGGAUGACUUUGUUUUUUCAGGUUUGAGUGUCGCUGGUAACACAUCAAACAUAUUCAAUGUUGGUGUAACUGCAGCAUUCGACCUUACUUUCCCUGCCUUGAACGGUCUAGGCAUUUCAUUGGCACGGUUAGAUAUAGGAGUGGGCGGAGUUGUUCCAAUCCACUCACACAGAGUAUCAGAAGUUAUCCUGAUGAUUGAAGGAACUAUUAUUGCCGGGUUUAUAGGUUCAGAUAACACUGCGUACUAUAAAACGUUGAACAAGGGAGAUAUUAUGAUAUUCCCACAUACGUUACUUCACUUCCAAGUUAACGUAGGCGAUGCUCCGGCUCUUGCAUUUGUUAGCUUAAACAGUGCAAACCCUGGUUUCCAAUUUAUUACCACUUCUAUUGGAGCAAAUGAUCUACCAACUGAAAUAGUUCAAAGGAUCACUUUGUUUGAUGCUGCACAAGUGCGCAGGGUCAAGAGACUCUUUGGUGGCACUAAUUAAAAAUAUAUAUUUCAUAUUCAUAUAUUUGAAUGUCACUUGAUUAUGUGUGUUACCUUUCUAGUUUCUACUACUUGUCAUGUCAUGUUAAAAUUUAUGAAAAUGUAUGUUGUAUAAUUGAAUAAUAAUAGGUACGAUGUCGAUUAUUGAUCAUAAUUGUACUAGUUUUAUUUUCCUCGUCAAUAUAUAAAUAAAAUUGUUAGUAUUUGUGA